AGAGGUGUCAGUCAACAAAAACAACAUAAAAAAAACUAACAGAAUCUAUAGAAAAAACUGGCAGAUACUUAUUUGCAAACAUUCAUAACAAAAGAUGAAUACAAAAUUACACUGUGGAACUCUGUUGCUAUUUACAACAAUAGUUCAAACAUACGCCAUACUUGUAAUGGAAGGAGAUCCCGUGACGAUCACGUGCCCUCUGACCGGAAGUUAUAGAUACCCAGUUUGGACUGGACCUGCGUCUUUGUCGAACCCUUUAACGUCAGGAUCCACUUUUAACGAGGAUGAUAUGCAGUGGGCGGAUAGUGACGUAAACAGACAUAUACGACUGACGGAGGCUAUGUUAAAACAUGACGGAACAUAUACAUGUCAAGAUAGUACUGGAAGAAGGGCAUCAGUUAAACUUGAUGUGGGAUAUUACAAAAUGCCAUCGAUAGAUAUAGAAACGUCAAGCAGUGGCCGAACCGUCCUAACGUGCGGUGCAUACAGCAACCCAGCCUUACAAAUACCAGUUAAACUUGCUACGGCAGCAAACAUAGAUAAUCCUCAACCUGGUGCUAAAAUUACAUACAACGGCUGUGAUCCGGAUGCAGACAUGGAUAACAGAAUGUACUGUUCCGUUACCGCUGUGUGGUAUAUGUGGAAGGGAGACAACGGCAAGGAACAAAGCUGUACUUUCGUCGUUAAUAAUGUCACCAAAAACAUUCUUGCUAAGAGGGCAUAUUUCAAUUUCCCACCUACUAUCGUUAGAAUAUCUGGCAAUAAACCGGUUACAAAGGGUCCGACAUUGCCGUUGACUUGUUCCACAGAUUCGUCAUAUCCAGUUUCGACUUUGGUUUGGCGAAAGGGUACAGGGAGUGCACAAACCAACCCUAUUAUCACGAACAACGCCAGGAGCACUGUGAGGGAUGAUAAAUACAAUGGCAAGAACGUCUCUCAAAUACUAUCCUUAAAAGUGACGAACGAUAUGUCGGGUGAGAGAAUCUCCUGCUGUGCGUCAAAUGUGUGCGCCUCAGUUACACUGUCCAUUAAUAUAACAUCUGAUGGGUCAACCGUGACAAUGUGGAUGGUACUAAUGGUAGCGUGUAUAAUCUUAACAAAUCUCAUAAAACAUUAGUUCACUUUGAUGUUAGGGUACAUAUAUAAACUGAUGUGACAACAGGUGUUUUUUCCCACACGCUAAACUUCGCUGAAAAUGACUUUGCGAAUCUUGUAGUUAUGUUCCGUUUUAGAAACAAAAAUCAGAGACAUAUAUAAUCUACAUCUCUGUAAAAAUAUAGUGGGGAAAAGAUGACGAUCGGCCAAUGAUUAGCUUUCUACAAGGCAACUACACGAUUAUACUAUUAUUGUACAAAACUAUCUUAAAGUGCUUCAAAUAUCAUCUUAAUCAUUUCAUUCUUUGUUUUGAAGAUUUAUUUAUAUUGAUUCGUUGUAAUCCAUCAAGACUUUGUUCAUCAAUAUUCCAUUUUAUUAUUUUACUUAGAAAUAUUUGUUCAAUAAAGCUUUUAUAUUUACUUUUACAUAUAUAUUGUUUAAGCUACUUUACAUACACAUACAUGUUAG